AUGUAUCCAAAAGAGAGCGGCUCCCAUGAUUACGCAUCUUCUGAGCAUGAAGAUGAGGAACGAAGCAGCUUGGAAGUAUAUGAAGAAGGUGGCUUUUUAUCGAGCCGCAUCUUAGACAGGUCACAGGAGUUACCUUCAAACUCCUUUUCUCAAAAAUGGCUUGGACACUUGAUCUUCACUGCUAUUUGGAUUAUUUUGUUAUUCAUCGCAGUUAUUUUGUUGAAGCAUGAUAGUAACCGAGCUGAAGUUAGCCUCGCCAGCGUUUUUGAUACUGAACUGCGCCCUAUACAGUCAGCUUUAGAAGUACAUAAAACUCGCUUUUCUGGUAAUUUAGUAUUCGAUGACAAUGGCACUCUAGUGGAGACAUCUUGGGAUCCUGACAGUCCUAAGUACACGGGUGAACCAAGCGAUGAGCUAGAUACUCGAUGGAAAGAUCUUUACAGAGUCGACGGUGUUGAUCUCCGUGGCACCGAGGCCGAUACAAUUCGCGGUCAGACUUUGACAAAGCCUGGCGGGUGGUCAAUUGUGGGAGUUGACGUGUUUCAUCAACUACAUUGCCUGGACAUGCUUCGUCAAGGACUACGUAGGGAUUACUAUACUAUCGAGCACGAUGACGAGCCAGCUUCCACGAUUCAUAUGAAUCAUUGCCUCGAUUAUCUCAGACAAGCUGUUAUGUGCAAUGUUGAUGUGACUCCUAUUCUUGUAUCCUGGGACGAUAAGAAGAAUCAGCCUUUGGCGGACUUUGAGAUGGAGCAUACAUGUAGAAACUUUUGGAAAGUAAGAGAUUGGGCUAUAGAGCGAAGUGACCAUAAGCACAAGUUCAAGGAUGAUGACCCCGCUUAA